UGCAGAAUGUUGUGUUGGCCACCAUAUUUGUUCGAUCCACGCUACCGUUUCCGCUGUGUCAAUCCCCUUGGCGAUGGCCUUCUUUCCUCGGAACCAUUUCCUGCAGCAGCCGCCGGCGCCGGCGCCGGCGCCUCCGCCCCCGCAGCCGUCUCCCUUUAGGAAUUUCGUGCAUGUUGAUGGCGAGAUCUCCGCUCCGAUCGCGUUCUUCAAUCCCGCGAGCUUCCAAGAUCACGCGCAACCUACAUUGUUUAACGCCGUUGGUCUCGGCCCGGGCGCAGUCAUGGGCGCAGCGGAUGUGGGAUCGAACGGCGGAUGGGAGCUGAGCAGGAAGAGGCCCAAGGAGGAGAACUCGCAGAUCUCGUCCAUUGAUUUCCUGCAGACGGGGUCGGUGUCCACCGGGCUGGGGCUAUCCUUAGAAGACCGGCGUGUGGCCGCAUCUUCCGGUGAGUCCCCCCUUCUCCUCCUUCCCAUGAUUGAUGAGGAUAUCGGCCGAGAGGUCCAGCGAAUGGAUGCAGAGAUGGAUCGUUUCAUCAAGGCCCAGGGUGAGCGCCUAAGGCAAUCUAUAUUGGAGAAGAUUCAAGCCAAGCAAUUUCAAACGUUGGCUUCAGUGGAGGACAAGAUCAUGCGGAAGAUACGGGAUAAAGAUGUGGAAGUGGAUGAUAUUAAUAAAAAGAACUCAGAGCUUGAGGAACAGAUUAAACAGUUGGCGAUGGAAGUUGCUGCUUGGCAGCAGAGGGCAAAGUACAAUGAGAACAUGAUUAAUGCCCUCAAAUACAAUAUCGAGCAAGUGUAUGCGCAAAGCAGGGACAACAAAGAAGGGUGUGGUGACAGCGAGGUCGAUGACACAGCCUCAUGUUGUGAUGGUGGGGCUAUAAAGUUACAUCUGUUGGACAAGGAUAGGAAGGACAAUAAGCACUCGAUGGUUUGUAACGUAUGCAAAGUAAACGAAGCAUGCAUGCUCUUGUUGCCCUGCCGACAUCUUUGCCUGUGCAAGGAAUGUGAGAGUAAGCUGAGUUUUUGCCCUCUAUGCCAGUCGUCAAAGUUACUUGGCAUGGAGAUAUAUAUAGUGUGACAUAGUUGACUGUUGCAAACUGGUUGAUCGUUUGCUGUCCUAUUAUUUAAAUAUUUAGCGGCUGACACUGUGAAUAUGCUCCCAAGUUGUUAUCCAGUGACAUUGAAGAACUCUUUAUGUUGGGUCGCAUAUUGUAUAUUGGCACUAGUGUUGCAUGUUUUCUUUUUGAACUUUGUCUCUGGAGUUUAAAGCUCUUUCUAUAUAUUUGUGUUCUAUUUUGGUCUUCUUAA